UUCGGGUCACACGAGACAGCCAUCAGCCGGGAAUCAGGGGAACGCUCCAGCUAUCCCUUUGCCACCUCUUCCAGCUCCUUCUGGCUCUGAUAUUCGAAAGUCAAAACCUCCGCCUCUGACACUCCAACACGUUAAUAUGGCAUCAACGAGGCCAAAACCGCCGACACGCUCGAACUCUGGUCUGACACCAGACGGAAGCACGACGACAGUUAAGGCUCCCUCACCAUUGCGCUCCUCGACCGUCCCGAUACCGACAAAAGAGGCUGCAGCUGCUCCUCCCGCGAGACCUCAACGACCGCCUGAAAGUACGAUUCCACAGUCUAUACGUGUUAUGGAUGAAGAGCCUCGAUCAGCGGGAUCCAGUCUUGCCCCAUCACCCACUAUCAUCACCAAAGCAUCCAAAGAGCCAGUAUCAGUCGUACAAGCUCAGACACACGAGGUCAGUGGUGGACCGACAUCUGCAGCUAUGACGCGAUCCGUCGCCAGAUCUCCUGCCCUCGAAUCAUCUCAUCCACUGUCAGCUGGUCUCGUUGCCCCAAAGGCAGCGAGGAAUGGUGCCCCAAGAUUAUCCAUCUUAGAGCCUUCUCCGACUCUCUUAUCAGAUGAUUGGAUGUCAGAUUUCGAUUCUGCAUCCUCUUCAUUCGAUUUCGACGACAUCUCUCCGAGUCCCACUUCCACCUUGGCAGCUUUUCCACCAGCACCAUCCGGUCGAUUAGACAUACAACCUGUCCCGAGAAGUGCGCCUCCCACUCAGACGAAAUUGAAGAUCUCCAUUCCCGUCCCCAUCGACCUCGAUACGGAUCCCCGACUGGUGGGCAAAUCAAGGUAUGGAGCUGGAUCUAGAUCGGCCACUUCCACGCCGGUCAUUGAUUAUGUCUCUCCAUUGAGCAAGUCUCCCAACUCGUACGGUGCGCAGGGUCUUCCAAAAUCCCUGCAGAGCUUCCCACCACGGAUACCGCUCAACACUAGAUCUUCACCAAAGUCGAGAAGCAAUUCCUUACCGGGGGAAGACGAGGAUGUGCCUCGACCAUACGGUCGAGCAUCGCCCACCCCUAUCCAAAUGGGCCUGACACAAUCCGCGUCGGAUUCAACGGCUUUCGACCUCCCUCGAAAGGCUCCCUCGAUACCGAGCGUACAGCCAUCAUCAUCGACCGGCCGCGUUGUCAUACAGCCAGAGGACACAAACGUGAUGGAUGCCGAAGUGGCGUCCCGCCGAGUUCAGGGAUAUCGUCAAUCUAUAUCUGCGAGAUAUGCGCACAAGUUGCAAGCACAGCCACAGAAACCGGUCAUUCAGCAAGUAGCAAAAGCGGCGCCGCAGAUUGUCCAAGGAGACUUUGGUGCUCCAGGAAGAGGAGGAGAACAUGAGGAAGAGGAGGGGUGGGUGGGAUUCGCAGUAUAAACUUGGGGCAUGCACAUCAAGAUGUCAAGGUCUCAUCCCGCCUCAUUGCAUGGCGAACGAAUGUUCGCUGAUUCUCAGCUGGAAGGGAAAAAGUUUUGCUUAAUAGACAAAGGAAGGAGCGGCAGUUCUUUUGUCCAGCUGACCGGACUAACGAUUAGUUGUCAAUCGAUCAGUCAACAACCCCCGAGCAAGUCACAGUCUGAACUGUUCAAAUUCUGCUGAUCAUCCGCCAUGUCUAGUGCUAACGAUGUACCGAGCAUUCACUUUGCUCACCUCACGGUUGUUC